CUCUCCUCCAACACCGCAUGUCAAAUGAGUUGAUUUUUCUUUUAUCUGCUUUUUUCACUGUCCACUGUCCAGGGAGAAGCCUGCUGUAGGGAAAUUCAAGCUGCUGGAGCAGGAUAGGGAUGUCCGAGAGCCUGUGCAGUAUUUCAACAGUGUGGAGGAGGUGGCCAGCAUCUUCCCAGACCGCGUCUUCGUCAUGGAGGCCAUCACCUUCAGCGUAAAGGUUGUCUCCGGGGAGUUCAGCGAGGACAGCGAGGUGUACAACUUCACGCUGCACGCGGGGGACGAGCUGACGCUGAUGGGCCAGGCGGAGAUCCUCUGCGCCAAGGCGGCCAAGGAGAAGUCGCGCUUCAACACGCUGCUGCGGAAGCUGGGCAAGGCGAGCGUGGCCGGCGGCGGCGUGGCCAAGCCGCUGAAAGGCAAGAUGCCCUGCCUGAUCUGCAUGAACCACCGGACCAACGAGAGCCUCAGCUUGCCCUUCCAGUGCAAGGGGCGCUUCAGCACGCGCUCCCCGCUGGAGCUGCAGAUGCAGGAGGGCGAGCAUACCAUCCGCAGCAUCAUCGAGAAGGUGCGGCUGCCCGUCAACGUGACGGUGCCCAGCCGGCCCCCGCGCAACCCCUACGACCUGCACGCCAUCCGCGAGGGCCACUGCUACAAGCUGGUGAGCAUCAUCUCCAAGACGGUGGUGCUCUGCUGCAUCCUGCGCAAGGACAAGGUGGCGCCCUUCCACGUCCUCCUCCUCACUGACAUGCCGCGCUUCCUGCUCCCGGAGGGGACGCUGCGCGGCGGCGGCGACGCCCGCCUGGAGAAGCUGCUGCGGGAGAGCGCCGCCCUCUGCCAGGAGUGCUUUGACCCCAACGAGUACUCCACGGCCGUGCGCGAGGCCAAGGCGGACCUGGCCGAGGAGGGCGCCAGCCCGCGCCGCCUCCGCCUCUGCCUGCCCGGCUCCGCCCGCGAGGAGCUCGCCCAGUCGCUGCAGCGCCUCUCGCUCUGCCUCGCCGCCGAGAGCCCUUGCCGGGACCCCGCCCCCGGGGGGAGGGGCCAGCGCUCGCUCCUCCCCGCCCGCCAGGAGCACUCUGCGCCCGCCCCGGAGCCCGCCGAUGCCGAGCGCGAGUACGUGACGCCCGACUGGGCCGAGCCCACCUUCCGGACUCCGGAACUGCCCUACGAGGAGCUGUGGGCCAACCAAAGCCCCGAGAGCUCCGCGGAGCCCGGCGGCAGCGCGCCCGGGCUGGGGGGCGCCUACCGGGGCCAGCGCGACCUCCUCUCCUUCGCAAGCCUCGCCUCGCCGCUGGGCUCGCCGCGCCGCUGCCGGGGGCCCUCGGGGGAGGAGCCUGCGGGGGAUGCCCCGCCCCCGGUCCCGCCCAAAUCCGACGCGGUGAGAGAGGAAUGUCGCCUCCUCGUUGCACCCCCGGUGCCACCUCGGGGAGGCCACGCACCAGCUACAUCCAGCCCUCCAGUCCCUCUGCGUUUCCACAAGCUCCAGGCAGCCGCUUCCCCUAGCUCCAGCCUCUCCUACUACUCUCCUGGACUACAUGAUGUGUCAAGGCCACGGAGUGGGAGCUGCUCCCCGUCUCCCGAUUCCUACUCCCUCUACUGCUAUCCCUGCACGUGGGGCGACUGCAAAGUGGGGGAGUCCUCCGGCCGCCAGGGGGCCAGUCCACCAACGCAGCCGCAGUCUCAAGUGCAGCCUGCUCAAGGGUCUUCAUGGUUGGAUCCAUGGCCGUACAGUGACCUGGGCUCGAGCGUGGCAACGGGGAGGUCCAUCCCCCUCUUGGGGAGCAGCGAUGCCACCGCCCUCAAGAGCUACCAGAGCUGCCCCCGCCUGAAGCCUUCCCACCCUCCCCAGAAGCGCUUUGCCCCCUUUGGCGCGCUGAACCCUUUCUCCAACACGGCUUACUCGUCCAGCCCAGCCUCCUCUAGCUCCUCGGACUGGCUGGAGUCCCUGGAGUGGCAGAAGCCGGCUGCCUCUUCCCCAGAGGCCUUUGACCCCUUUGAGGGUGCUUCCUCCCCAGAGGGGGAGCCGCCCUACAGCCCUCCCCCGCCCCCUCGCUCGACCAAGGCCUUUGAGCCAACCGAAAACAUUGUCAUCCGGACGGCUGUGGCCCCUUUGUCUCCCACCGUCGUGCAUGGCGCCGAGGGUGGCAUCACCCACCUUUAUCUGGCCCAGGGGGUCAUUGAGGUGCCCCCUGCCCGGCUGAACGGGGACGGCUCCCCCUGGCAGCCCCCCGCUGACUUGUCCGCCCUGUCGCUGGAGGAGGUGUCGCGGUGCCUGCGCUUCAUCGGCCUCUCCGAGGACGUGGUCAGCUUCUUUGCCCGCGAGCGCAUCGACGGCAGCAUCCUUGUGCAGCUCACGGAGGAGAUCUUGUUGGAGGACUUCCACCUCACCAAACUUCAGGUCAAGAAGAUCAUGCAGUUUAUCAAGGGCUGGCGGCCUAAGAUCUAGAAAGGGAAAGGGAGUCCAGAACGCCGGAGGAGAUGCAUGCUACGGGCCAAUGAAGGGGGCCGCCCCCAUGGGAAAUGAGGGGAAAGGCUAAGACACUGUAGGGGGGGGAGACUCUGGGGGCAGGUCUUUCCCUCCAGAGGGCUGGUGGGCCAAGAGCAGGGCCUGCUGGGGAUGGGGGUGGCAGUGGGGUGAGCCUGAACCAUAAAACCAAUGGAAGGGCCUUGCCCAUUGCAGAUGGGCAGGCAAAAGCAAGUGCCGGGAGCCCCUCUGGGGCAAGGUAGGUGGGAUGCUGCCUGCCUUUGCCCAGCUCUGGAGGGUUCGCUAUUGUGGUAUGGAGCACCAGGCCAGCUGCUUGGCACAGCGUAGGCAGCGCAGAAGGGGCCGGGAGGACCGGCAGGCCCUUUUCUGUCAAGUCCUAAAGCGUUAUUGAAUUCCAGGCCCUCCGUGCUAGAAUAAAAAGAGGAUAGUUCAGCUGACAUCCGUUUGUUUGAAGGAAAGAAGCAACUGGGAGGCAUGGAGGGAGGCGGCUAUUCCGUGCACGGUGGACUGAGGGAGCUUGCAAGAGUGUUGCCUGCCUGCUCCUGUCUGCAAGAGUAGCGCUCAAGGGUGCGGAAGGAAGAGUCUGGAGGACCAGUCCAUGAAGGUGGUGCAUGACCCCUAGGCAUCCUCUGCCCCGCGACACCAGAUCCUCAACCCUGGCUGUGGUGGUGCUUCUUGAAGUUCCUUUGGCCCAAUCGACACCUAUGGCUUUGCAGACAAGGGAAGCGAGUGCCUCUCUUCAGUGUCACCUGGGGGGGGGAAAUCUCACUGCCUAUGGAAUGGCAAUGUGCUCAAAAUGUUCUGUAUAUGUAUUGGAAGAGGAGACUUUGCCUGGCAUGUGGUGGGGUACACAAUCUAGAAAAAGCGGCACUUGUGGAUUCUGCUUGUUGUCACCAGGUGUGGAGAACCUUUGGCCCACCAGCUACCGCUCUCAUCAUCCCUGGCCAUUGGCCAUGCUUGCUGGAGGGAUGGGAGUUGUAGUUCAGCAACAGCUGGAGGACCGAAGGGUCCCACUCGAGUUACACAGAGCACCCAAGGUGCCUCUCUCACCUUCUUGGGUACCUGAGGUGUUGUCAUACAUUGUCCUGCCUUUUCAAGCACAUUGCCAUUGCCAUACGGGCUAGAAUCUUUUUUAAAAAAAGAGUGCAGAGUUCUCAGCUUCAAAUCCCCUGCUUGUGCAGUGAUUGCAGAGGCAUGCAGUUCACAAACACUUCACCAGCCCCCUCAUUUGUCCAGUUUAUAUAUUUUGCUUUGGCUGCCAUGGAGCAGCCAGAGUCCAGCACAGCCUUGUGGGUGGUGGCAGUAACUAACUGCACUUUAGCACAACCUGUAGUCAGUUGGGUUUUCUUAUAAAGCCCAUCCUGCAAGUUGAAGUGUCUGACUAAUCUUCCCCAGCAGUCGAGCGCUGCGGUUGCCUGCCUAGUGACCCUCAUCGCAUCACACAGCGGGUGUGGUGGUGGCGGCAGCGGCGGAGGCAGCUUUUGUGCUUCCUAAGAGUAUCACAAUUUAUUUCUCUAACUUUUUAGCACAGGAUGGGGAUGUCAGGCUCAAGCCUAGAGAACCUGCAAAGUGUUUGCCUUUGUUUCUACUUUAAUCACUGCCAUAGUCAAAUAAACCAGUUUAUUUAAAAAUACGUUCAUGCCUAGGAUGCGAUGUUCAGGAACCUAACAGUCUGCUAUGCAACCCUGGUUCCCAACUCCCCCCCCCCUUCAAAACUGUUGAGGUGCCUGGUGGACCAUGUAAGGAUGUGUCUGCCUGUUGCAGCAACUGUAAUCUGCUGUGCCACAUGCUGAAGGACUUUUAACUGUACUUUUAUUGCUGAUUUUAUUUCUCACAUAUUUUAUUGCGUUACAAGUUGCAUUCCGUAGAAUUCAAAGUGUAAUACAAGAAAAUAUAAGGAAUAAAAAUACAAUUAAAAACCAAUAUAUUUAACGCAGGCACGCUGUAGACCAUCUGAAUGAAGCUCACAGACCACAGUUAAAGAACCCGUUACAGAAUAUUGGCUGCAUCGCCGGUUAUUUUUGGAAGGGCUUUGCGGAGAGAAAGGUAACAUAGGCCCGGGGGAGAAAAGCACCUGAUUUGCCUGCUGCUGCAAGUCAGAGAAGGCAGCACUGGCCUGGAUACAACAGGGGUGUGCGAAGGGCUGGCACAGAAGGCAGCUCUCAAAUGUAUCCUACUUUAGCCUCAGCUACAGUGUGCGUAAAAAGAACACCCAAAUGCUGUCACCCACGCUGGCCUGUUGUAUGCUUCUAUUUUCCUCGCUUGGCUGAUGGAAGGUAGGCCACUCAUCCAUGGAGGGAGAAGCCGUCAUGCUGUCAUGCCUUCAGGCACCAGGUGCAGAGAGCAGAGCCCAGCGCAGCAGGAGUUGUACCCGAAUCCAGCAAAUGGAGAGCAAACGUUUUUCAGAUAGGAAGAGGGAACCUGUGGCCUUCUGGAUGCUUCUGAACUCCCAACCACCCCUGCCCGUUAUCCAUUCUGCCUGGGGCCCAGAGGUGCUGGGAGCCCAGUGAGAGCUA